AUGAUGCCUCCAAGACUGGGGCGAGGGCCAAGCAGGCCGCUAUCCAGCGCGGCCACCGUUCACGGCGUCGUGCAGGAGAUUGUGUCACCGACUCCCACAAUAUCCCAACUCGGCGUCUUUAAAGGUGCGAGUCAAGAUCGACCGCAGCUGAUUGGGCUUCCAGAUGGGGAUGAGACCACCCUCCGCGAGUUCUGGACAAAGCUGGACAAUGACCAAAUGCAGUUUUGCAGUCGAUGCCAAGAGAGUUGGUUUCAGAUGAAUAUCGAUACCGACGGCAUUUGUGCGCGUUGCUAUCGAAAGGAUGCGAAACGCGGCCCCCGCGAGCCGUAUUUCUUCUCUGCGGAUAAUCAGCUCGACUUUGGCCCUGUGUCGGCCCGGUUGCCCGAGCUUACGCCUACCGAAGAGUCGUUGAUUGCUCGCGUUCACGCCCACGUCAACAUUAUGCUUGUGCGAGGGCAGCAGUACAAAUAUCGGGGCACGUCGUUCACUUCCUCCGCGAGCCGGCAAUUCACCCGCCAGUUCCGUGUGCGCCGCCAGGCGGUUGUGAUAUGGCUCAACUACCUGCGGCGCCAUCAUCCUGGCUAUCGAUGCAUCGUUAUCGACGAAGAGCGGCUGAGCCAACUGCCUGAGAAUGGCAAUAUCCUGGAUGCAAUACCCCAAAGUCAGGUGGAGGCUGCCGAUGUUGGACCCGAGGAAGAUCACGAGGCAGAGCCUGACCUAGAGGACGAAGCUGCGGUGCCGGACCUUUUGGCCAAGGACACGGAGCUCGAUGCUCUGCGGGCUAUUCUCACUAGAGAAUCAGAAGCUGAUGCAGAGCUUCCCACGAACGUCCAGGCUCGGCCGCAACACGAGUUGCAGCUCCCGAAUAUACGGCACACGCCAAUAAACGAGUUCAAUCGCUCUCAUGCCCUUCUCUCCUUGGCCUUUCCUGCCUCUUUCCUGACGCGAGGACCCGAGGCGCAGGCGCUGAUCAACUCGAUCACAAGACACGCAGUGUCUAUUCGCGGUACACGCCCCUUCUGGAACAAAAAGAGGCAGGACCUGGAGGCUUAUGCCUAUAACCUUGGCUGUCCUGCUGCAUUCAUCACAUUUAGCCCGGCAGAUCUGCACUGGCGGAGUCUCUACCAACACAUGCCCCGAUAUGAAGAAUGGCUGGCCGCAUCCGAGUCGGAGAGGAUGGCUCUAUCCCGCCAGUUAUUGCGGCAGAACCCUCACAUUGCAGCUUUCCACUUCUACCGCCGAUACUGCUUCUUUCGGGAUAUCGUGUUAAGGAAGAAGUUCAACGUCACGGAUUACUGGGAUCGGUAUGAAUGGCAGGGCCGUGGUAGCCCGCACAACCAUGGCCUGUACUGGAUGGAGGAUUGCCCCGGGACCGACAUGGAGGACGAAGCCGCUCGUGAGGUAUUCGCACGCACGUGGGGAUUUCACAUCACCGCUAUCAACCCCGAGCCGAGUAGGACUGUGCCUCAAGGUGAGGGUAAUCCCCUGAGCGCGGAUCCGCUGGGCACGGAGAUGACGUUCUUGCGGCUCUCGCAAAUUGUCAACCGCUGCCAGCGUCACAAAUGCAAUACCACGUACUGCUUGCGCGUCAGAAAGCGAACGGAGAGGGAGUGCCGCUUUGACUUCCCUCGCGCCUUGCGGGAGCUGGCCGCAGUUAUGAGGAAGGAAGGAAGGUCGUACUUCGUCUUCGAGGCGGCCCGGAACGACAGCCUCAUGAACCAUUUCAAUCCUGCUAUUGUCCUAGGCUGGCUGGCCAAUAUCGACAUAUCUCCUUGCACCAGCUUACAGGCGGUUAUUACGUACGCUGCGAAGUACUGCAGCAAAUCUGAGAAGAAGACCGAGCCAUACUGCAAGCUGGCCGACCAGGUGUUGCCACACACAGCGCACCUUCAGCCCCUGCUCUCCUUCUCCUCUCGCCUUAUGAAUAAGCUGAUUGCCGAGAGGGAUUACUCGGCGCAAGAGAUUUCCCACCUGCUGCUCAACAUCCCUCUGCAGGAAGGUACGCGGAUGGUGGUGUACGUCGACUGCCGCCCGUUGGAGCAUCAUGCGCGGUCGUACCGCGUCGACGAUGAUGUCAAUGAGACUGUCGGCAGCUACCAGAAAUAUCUGGAGAGAAAUGGUCAGCAUGAACGAGUAACCUACCUUGAGUACCUUCAGUCGUACAAUCUCAAGACGUGGAGGAUACUCUGUGCGAACGCGAAGAAGAGGUUGAUGAUGGUCCAUCCGCAUCGCUACCCAGAGGAGUUGCUCACUGUGGGCGGGCAGCGGUUCGAAUCUUUCGCGGCCGCGUACCAAUACUGCCGACAGCAGCACCAUUCCCAUGAGGACGACCAUUACGGAGAGCCAGGAGCAAAGGAACUGAGGGCAGAGGACGAUCAGUUUGAGCUGGAGGAGCAUGUGGAUCCCGUUGUGGAAGAAGAUUGGCAUGAACUCGCCCGCAUGCUGCCGGAUCAUCCGCUGGGGGAAGAGGACAUCGACAUACUCGGCCGCCGAGACCUCGAUGUGAAUUAUGAUUGGACUCCCCACGUUGGACGGUAUACCGACAGUGGCAUUCUGACCGGCGACUACUGGAAGCAGCGCAAAGCGGAGAACCCCAUGUCCCUUGAGGUGGAUGAUCAACCCUUGGAUGCUCGCGAUUCCCUAAAUCCGGAGCAGCGUCUAGUGUACGACACGGUCAUGGACCACUUUCUGACCCAGCACGCUUCCCAGCUGCUGCUCCACGCAGAUGGCGGAGGCGGCACCGGCAAGUCAUACCUCAUUAACAUACUCUCCGCCCACCUCGAAGCCGCCGCAGGCGGGAGGGGAACGCCUGUUUGGCGUGCCGCUCCCACAGGCGUUGCGGGAAAUCAGAUUUCGGGCACUACCUUGCACUCCCUGUUGCAUCUCCCAAUCAACAAAGACUUCAAGCCCCUGUUAGCGAUUGACAAGGCUCAGCUCCAGAAGAAGCUUAAGGAUGUCAAGUACCUGAUCAUUGAUGAGAAGAGCAUGCUAGGACUGCGUCAACUAUCAUGGAUCGAUGACCGUCUCCGCGAGGCGUUCCCGAAUCGGAAUGAGGAAUUCUUUGGCGGCCUGAAUAUCCUGGUCAACGAGUUCAACCACUACCACCUCGACCGCCUCGGCCGGCCUGUCAUCCAGGUAAUGGCCAAAAACGUAGGCCCUGGCGCCGCGGCAGCGCCUGAUGACAAGCCAGUUGGCCUCUGCAACGGCGCUCGUGGCACAGUUCACGAUAUCGGCUGGGCACCUGGGGCCGACCCCAUCCAAGAAGAUUGUGCCGAUUCUCCCAGUGGAGAGGACUUCCUCAUCGGAGCCACUCUCUGCACUCGCACCCAGUUUCCUCUGAUCGUAUGCUAUGCAAUUACCGUGCACAAGUCACAAAGCAUCACCGAGGACAUGGUCGUUACAGAUCUGUCCUGCCGAGACUUCCAGACUGGUUUAAGCUACGUGGCCGUCUCACGCGUGAAGACGCUGCAGGGUCUGAUGCUGGAUGCGCCGUUUGACCGCAAUCACCUGACUUACGCGUCUCCACCCGAGGGCAUCAAAAUGAAGAUGAGGGAUCAGGAGAUCCGCAGACGACAGGUUCUUACUCGGAACCCCUACGAGACAUACCACGGGCCAGCGUAA